AUGAAAUCAAAAGGAGAAAAAAAACAAGAGCCUAGAGCAAGAGGUAUUAGCUUAGGUAAAAAGGGAGUGGAUGUGGGAUAUGAUACGAUUUUAUCCAAGAAGAAAAAUAGUCUAGAGGGCAAGAUAGCUGGAGAUGAGCCAUAUAUUGAUUCAGAUGAGGAGGUAAGUUUUGAAAUAGAUUCUGAUCUUGAUAUUUACGGGGAUACUGAGGUUGAACAACCUACUAGAAGAGAAGGAAAAUCAAGGAGAGCAAAAAGAAAUUAUAAGAGGAUUAUGUUUGAUCCUACUUGUAAAUUAAUAGUUUGGGAGCUUGAACUUUGUUUUGAAAAUGUUGGAGAGUUUAGAAAAACUCUUACUAGAUAUGUUGUUCAAGAACAUGUAGAGCGAAAUAAGUUUGUGAAUGAAUCAAAAAGGAUUAGAGUAAAGUGUGUAGAUGGUUGUCCAUGGUUGUUGUUUGCAAGCAUUGAUUCUAGGACUACAGAUUUUCUAGUUAAAAAGUACAUUCCAGUCCACAAGUGUAAUGCCACAACAAAGAAUAAAUUGGUGAAUUCUAAGUACUUGGCAAAAAGGUACUGGGAUAGAAUAACAUCAGAACCUGGAAUUAGAGCUUUUCAGAUUCAAGAGUUACUAAAAAAUGAUUUGAAGGUAUAUAUAGGGAGGACCGUAGCAAGAAAAGCUAGAAACAUUGUGUUGCAGAAAAUUAUGGGUGAUCAUGUGGAAGAUUUCAAAAGAAUUUUGGAUUAUAGGGAUGAGCUUUUAAAGACCAAUCCAGGUAGUACAUAUGUAGUGAGGUUUAGUGAAGAAACUUUUGAAGGUGGAAGAAAACAGUUCCAAUCUUUUUACAUAUGUUUUGAUGCUUUGAAGAAAGCAUUCAAAACUGGUGCCAGGAGAUGUAUUGGGUUUGAUGGUUGUUUUUUAAAAGGUAUUUGUAAGGGUCAAUUACUUGUGGCUAUUUGUAAGGAUGGGAAUAACCAGAUGCUACCACUAGCUUGGGCAGUAGUUGAAGUUGAAAAUAAAUUCACUUGGAGAUGA